UGCGUUCAAAAAACUGUGGGGCCAGACGAGGAAAGAGCGGGCAGCGACACCGACGUGUAGAUGGACGACGAGCCGUGGCAACGUACCCUGGAGCACCUCACAGGUGUCCAAGGUCUGAACAAGAGUGAAGUCCGCAAGGACGUGAAGGAAGUCGAGCAACUUUUGGACGACCAUCGACAGUUUGUCGAGAAGCACCAGCACGACAAAUCGAAAACAGCAACUGCCAGUCAUAUGGAGGAAGACGAAGAUGUAACAUUGUCCCGACUCCGUCGCCAACAGUACUUGGCCAACUUGUACCUCAACAAACCGAUGCCCAAGAAAAAACGAAGCCGCGGCCGCGAAGUCAUGAGCGCCGAGGAAAUUAUUGAAACGCUUCCCGUGUGCCGACGCGCUGUGCGAUUGACGCAGGCGGAAUUGGCUGCUGUGAAGAAGGAACGGUUGAACUUGGAAGACACGUACCUCAAGCUCCGAACCAGCUUUAUCCACGAGUUGGAAGCGAUGGUGCGAGAGGACAAGGACCAACAGCGCGUAAUGCUACGAAUACGUAAAUCCGUCGGAAAGGCGGUCGCCAAGCUCCUGAGCAGCAAGCGGCGCCACACGGCGCUGCAAGAUAUCCUCGUCGAACUCGAAACAAGGGGCGACACGAUCGAGUCCCUUCAGACCCACGUGGCUCGACUGACGAAAUUGCUUGGCCAGCACGACAUUCCACUGGAUUCGGUCGUGGUCGGGGACACUGUGAGCUGGACCGACGGCAAGGGAGAAGUGGUGUCAGUGUCCAAGGACACGGUCAAAGUCAAGCUCGAGAACGGAGAAUUGACGACAGUGGCACUAGACGCCGUUGAAGUAAACAAGGCCAAGACCACCACUGCGAUGACGGAGGCAGAAUUGCAAUUAAAGGCCAAGUACUUUGAAAAGGCAGGCGAGUGGGUGUCGGCUGAGGCCGCGUGGAAGGAGCUCAUCGAGAAGGAGCAACUCGAGGAAGAUGACUGGAACAGCGACGAUGACGAUGAAGACGAGAACGACGACGACGACGACGUCGAUAAACGAAAGACCGACAAGAAGGUGGAGAAACUGCGCUUGAAGAAGCUCAUCCCGUUCAAAGCAACGACAUUGCCGUCCACGCCGUUCAACGUGCCUCUGCUCAUCAGUCCUUUGAGUGAACUGCCGGACCAUGUUGCAGCGGCGGCGGCAGGACUCUCGAAUGUUCAGUGGAUGGGCAGUGCUCUCCCAGAGAAUCUCGCGCAGUGGGAAGCGGAUCGAAUGGAAAAUUUGGUGCUGAAGGGCGAGGUCGAAAGGCUCAAGUUCCAGCUGCAACAGACGGAGGCACAGAAGAAGGACGCGCAGAACCACGUGAACGUGCAGCUCGAGAGCAUCAACAAGCUCGUGUCUCAGUUGGAGAAACAGCGAGAAGCGACUGCGGCCGCCACGACGCUGCUCCACCAACCUUCCUCUGCCAAAGACGUCAAGGCGAAGAAACAAUCCGUGUCUGCUGUCGACAAGCGGCAGAAACAGCCGAGAAAGGACAGUUUGUCCGAAUCGGCGUCGACGCCAGGGUCCCCAUUGAAGGACGUCGACAUGAGCGGUGGCGAGGAAGACACUGCGGACGACGAUGACAAGGGAACCGAAACGACACGACGAUCGCUGCGGUCCUCCAAAACUCCCGCGGUGGCGCCAUCGCCGGCCAAGCAGCUUCCAACCUCAACCUCCGAAGACAAGGGGUCAACUGGCUCGAGUGGGAAUAACAAUCGGCGAAAGAAAGACUCGAACGAGGCUGCAAAGAAGGACGACACCGAUGCUGCAACCGACAAGAGUCACGGGGCGGCCAAAGUCACGGCUCGACGCAAGUCCAGCCGGUCCAAAGGCACCACCCCCAAAUCCCCCACGAAUGCCGACGGUUUGUCUGACACGGAAGAAGAGCCGGCUGCCAAGCGACGAACGCGGGCGUAGCGACGUAGCUCCAUCUUUAAUCUGUUACAAGUUGUGCCAGCAUGCACACACGAUGCCA